CGCCUGUCCCUGGGACCCGCGGGCGAGGAGGCGGUGGUGGCGGCCGUGUCGCACCACGUGGAGAGGCUGCUGAGGAAACUGGCCUUCAACGUGUUCGACAGAGAGGUCCUGCCCGCCGCCAACCGCGCCGCCAACCGCAUCCCACUGGAGUUCCUUCGACUGGUGAUUGCGGGAGACGGCGGCGCCGCCUCCGCAGCCAUAGCCGCCACACCCGCCUCCGUAGCCACCACAUGGGGGGCCCCCAUGAACAACUCCAGUAGUAACGCCGACACCACAGCACCAGCUUCCAUGGCCGCUAACGCCAAUGCCGCCAACACUGCCGCCGCGACCACUGUGGCUCACUCCGCAUCAACCCCGGCGGCGGACGUGGCCGCUGUCGGCCUGGCGGAGCCGGGUACAGAGGCGCGUACGCUGACGGAGUGGCGGCUGCGGCUGUCGUACCUGGUGUACGAGACAUUGGGACGACUUCGAAUCUCGCAGAUGUUCGAUGUCGUGGUGGACUACCCGGACUCGUUGCCCGCCAUCGGAGACCUGGCGGCUUGUCUGCGUCACACCAACCUGCAGUCCCUAUUCGUGUGUUCCUUCAAGGCGGCCCUCCAGCAGCGGCUGCUGCACGCGGGGGCCUCAGCCACCGGCAUCAUACACCAUUACGUGGCCACCAUCCGCACCAUGAGGGAAAUAGACCCAUCGGGCUCGCUGUUGCAUGCGGUGGCGCAGCCCAUUCGGGAUUACCUGCGAGGUCGCUCCGAUACCAUCAAGUGCCUGGUCAGCAUGGUGACUCAGGAUGGCGGAGGGCCCAACGGUGAGUCGCUGCUGGAGGAGCUCCAGGCGGCCACGGCGGCGUCCGGGGCGGCGGCGGCAGCUGCCAUGGAAGUGGAUGUCGCGACGGAGGACGCUGACGAAAGAGUGCUUCGAGUGGCGACCGCAACUGCCGCGGCCGGUUUCCCGGGAGUUGCCCCACCGCCGCCAGGUGUGGCUGUUGGCGGUGGCGGCGGUAGUGGAGCCAUCAUCGCCGCCGCCGGAGCGGCACCUGGCGGCGCCGCCACCGCCGCGGCUGCAGCAGCUGCUGGCAGCUCCGCCGCUGACGUCGUCAGUAUGUUGACCGGGGUGUUUGGGAGCCCGGAGGUCUUCAUCAACGAGUACCGAAACCUGCUGUGCGGGCAGCUCCUGUAUCGUAGUGACUAUGAUACGGCACGGGAAGUACGGACGCUGGAACUGUUGAAGAUGCGCUUCGGCGAGAACGCACUGCAUGCCUGCGAGGUGAUGCUGAAAGACGUGGCGGACAGCAAACGCAUCAACCACCGAGUCCACGCCAUGCCCCCAGCCGGCAGUGCCUUACCUCAGCCCGCGUCGCCCAUAGGCAGCGCGUUCCACUUGCUCUCUGCUGCAAUUAUUUCAUAUCUUUUUUGGCCUCGACAGGAGGAUCCAACGGGUCUGGUGCUACCCGCCGAGAUCCGCACCGCCAUGGAGACGUACGAGCAACGGUACCACCACCUCAAGACGCCGCGGAAGCUCCGUUGGAGGCCACACCUGGGCUCUGUGGAUCUGGACGUGUCGGCGGGCGGUGUGACGGCGAGCUUCAGUGUGUCACCUCUGAUGGCCACGUUGCUAAUCGCCUUCAAGGACCGACCCGUCAUGAGCGCCGGGGAGCUGGCAGCCGCGGUGGGGCUGCCUCCCGCGCUUGUGCGGCGCAAGAUGCUCUUCUGGGUCAAUCACGGGGUCAUUGUCGAGGGCCGGACUCUGCCAACCCUGAUGUCAUCCAUGUGUGCGGUAGGCGCGAAACUGACGGACUACGGUGCUGAGGACGAGGCGCCAGCGCAGCUGCCAAGUGCGGCUGACCGUGCGGUUGAGGAAGUGGGGCCAUUCGAGAACUACAUCAAGGGUAUGUUGCAAAACUACGGGGGCCUUCCGUUGGACCGCCUCAAUCACAUGUUGCGCUUGUUCGUGGUCAGCACACCCAAGUACGACAAAACGCCGGAGCAACUGCAGGUGUGGCACCCAACGCUGGUUAACGAAGCGCACAAUUGGAAUAAGCGUAUCGUCCAUGAUUGCAUUAUGAUGUUUCUAGUUCUUGCUGCCAUAAUCCCGUAA